UUUUCUCCAUCGUACAGAGACGAUGGCUGAUGCUAACGCGACGGCUGAUGCUAAUAUGACGAACAAUGCCAAUGCGACAACUGAUGCCAACACAAGGACAGAAAAUGACAAAAUGACCGAUGCUAACACAAUGACUGAUGCUAACGUAGUGACAAAUAUUAACACAAUGACUUAUGCUAACACAGUAGCCGAUGUUAACACUGAUGCUUACAUUACUACUGAUGCUAACAGGAUGACUGAUACCAAAAUGACGACUGAUUGCAACAUGAUGACUGAUGCUAACAAUCACUGACAUACAUUAUUCACUAACACUGGUGAUAAGGCAUUUAGUAAAGCUAUCUCUAUUGAUGUAAUAGCACACUAACGCUAAUCUUUUGUAAUUGAUUUUUUUUUAAACUAAGGUUUACUAACUCUCAGCUAAUUUUUUGGGAUUCAAAUUCAAAGUGUUGAAUUUUCAAGACAUUUAACACCUACCGAAUGACUGACGAUCCUUUUACUGACGCUAGUCAAAUUGCUGUCAAUAACGCAGUUAUGAUACCUACGUUCAAAUUUGCGUAGUAUAAGAUAUAUAAAGUAUUUGAUGCUAAACAGGCACUGGUACACAUGAAUGGUCAUUAACAUGUUUACAUCAUCUACUGCUAACACACAUUCACGCUAGUGUGUGUGUGUGUGUGUGUGUGUAAGUAGGAAAAGGAGACAUGUGAGAGCCUAAUAGAAAUAGAUAAGUGAUUCGAGCAGUGACAAGUCAGACAGGGGGAGGGGUCUGAGGGGAUGGGUGCUAGGAGAGACGAGGUAGAAGAGAGAGGCACGGGAGAAGGAGGAGCUGGGAAAGCACAAGAAGAGACAGACACUGAUCAGAACCAAAAACACACACGCAGACAUCUCAGCUGACUGCUCACGUCUGAACCCGAACUUUCCUCCCAAUGUUUGCUAUCGGCGUUUGCUGUGAGGAGACAAAAGGAGGAGCAGGAGGAGGCAAAGGAGGGAGAUUGGUAGAGAGAGAUGCAGAGGAGGAGCUGAAGGUUUGAUGUUUGGCGUCUGAGUCGCCCUCCCUCACUGCUGUACGACCAACAGAGAAACCAAUAGUGUGUGUGCGUGAGAGAGAGAGAGACAGACAGAGAGAGAGAGAGAUCAGAUACACAGACAUCCUCGCUGGUCGUUCUGUUUUUUUUUUUGCGCUGGAUUCUAACUGAAAAUCAAGAAACCAUUAAAUUGGAGGAGGCUGCAGACUGACAGGAGGCGCUGCUGAGUGAAGAUAACGGAAAUGGACUUUUGCUGUCUGUGGUGGAAAAUUAAAUAGAGUGAUGGAGAUGUAGAAAAGGGCUGGGCUGAGAAGACGAGAGAUGAACGGAGAAAGAUUAGUUUUAGGAACGCCGAGGAGCAUCACCAUCAUCACCACUGCUGCUGACACCAGCCUCUGGACUACAGUUUCAAGUGCGAUCAUGUCAGUAUGAAGAAGCAAAAACAAGAAGUGAGGAAUUGUCCACUAAGCUUUACCUAGUGCAUGAAAUCAUUUAGUCAAAGCUGAUGUCCACAGUCUUAUCCUGGCGUUAUGAAUCUAGUUGGUGGUAGUGUUGGUUUCCCACAGGGCGUGGUAGGACCGGCAGUAACAACAGUGCUGUUUUUUCUUCAGCUGCUUCGACCGACCCAAAUCAAUGGAUCCAUCUGCUUCUCCCAAACCCCGUCUGCUGAGAUCCAGUGUCUCUGUGCCUCAGACCUUGUCAGUUGUGCCGCCCAGGGUCUGGAGCAGGUCCCCCAGGCGAUACCUUUGUUUGCAGUGAUCCUGGACCUCAGUCACAACCGCAUUGAUCAGCUGAAGGGCGGUGCCUUUGAAGGACUCUUUCGACUGGAAACCCUAAGGUUGGCUCACAACCAGUUGACCACAAUUCAGCCCGGGGCAUUCCAGAACACCUCCGGUGAGCUGGUGCGACACCUCGACUUGUCGUUCAACCGUCUUCGGGUUGUGGAGACUCACUAUUUUCAGGAGCUGCCUGGAUUGGAGGAGCUGCUGCUCUUUAACAAUCAAAUUGUGCAGGUGGAGAGCAGGGCACUCUCUGGACUGGGGAACCUCCAAAAGGCCUAUCUCAGUCACAACCGCCUGACUCACUUCCCAUUUUUCUCCAUCCAAGAGCACAGCCACCCAUACCUUAUCACAAUGGACCUGUCCUCCAACCGCCUGCUAAAACUGCCCCUGGAGGACAUUUUAAAUUUACCCCUCCAGCUCCAGAAAGGACUCUACCUUCACAACAACUCACUGGAGUGCGAGUGCUCCAUGUAUGGACUGUUUCGACACUGGGAACAGCGAGGAUACGCCUCGGUCAAGCACUUCAGGCAAGAGCACACUUGUCGGGUCUAUGGGAUGGAGAAACGCACUGUGCGUUUCUUCCAGAACCACAGCUACUUUGACAAAUGCAACAUGACCACAGUGGGUUCGGCAAUUAACGGGGAGACUCAUAGCAUAUCUGUAAAGGUGGGCGGGGGGGCCCUGCUGCACUGCAUGACGUCUCUCGUUGGCACCAGUGUCACCUUUCUCUGGGUAUCACCAAACCGGGAGUAUGUGGCACCACCAGGCAACAAUGGUUCCCUGAAGAUGUUCACCAACGGGAGCCUGGAGAUCAUAAAGGCACAUGCGAAAGACUCUGGCAUCUACUGGUGCAUGGCCCUGGAUCAGCGUCAUCAGCGAAAUGACACGUGCGAGGUCAACGUAACAGUGGAGUUACAUCACCAUGGCCAGUCCCAUGGGUCUUUUAACACUGGAUUCACUACUCUUCUGGGCUGCGUGGUGAGCCUGGUUCUGGUCCUCAUGUACCUCUAUCUGACACCAUGUCACUGCCCACCCUUCAGCAGGGAAUCUUCUGUACCUGACGGCAGUAAAGGGAAUGAAGGCGGAGCAGGAAGCGCCAAGUCUUCUAUCCUAAUCCCAACCCCUCCAGCCACUACUGAGGGCCCUGGACGCAAGGUCAGUACCAACAAGCAUGUGGUAUUUCUGGAGCCAAUCAGAGAGCAGAAGAAUGGCGGACUGAGGGAGGGGCCAUGUUCUGGGGUGAAUCAAGGACACGUCGUGCUGGGUUCAGUGCUAGAAUCUAAGCAGCACCUGAAGAUCCACAUCCGAAAGGCAGGGGACACUGAAUCCAUGGUGUCGGUUUUUUCAGACACACCCAUCAUGUUACGUAGCAAGACUGACAGGUUCUAGUGUCCGACACUGAUUAUAAGCCGCCCCCCGCCCCCCUUCCUCUUCAUCUCAACCUUUCCUAACAUGAAACCAUGGAAUACUGCCAUCGCCGGCAGACCCAUCUUUGCGCACAUUAACUUAAGAGCCACGAACCACUGCACUGUGAGUGGAUAGGUCAGAGUAGUACUCAUAAAGUAAGUACACCACCCACAGGUUUGUAUGAGACGUAUAUAAAAAAAAGGAGUUUAUAAAAACAUGGGCUAAAUUAUUAACUGCUAUACUCAACGUGGUCCCUUUAAGCACGGUUUGUACCUUUAAUGCUGUGCUCACAUGUAUGAGGUAGAGGCCCUAGCUCAGGUGUUAUGUCAUUAUGUAUUGUUCCAAAUGCAAUAUUUUCUUUGCUGAAGAUGCAGUUUUGUAAAUAGUUUCUUAAAGAAUACUAUUCACAUUUAUAAUUGGGUUAUCUUGAGGUUAUCUCUACACGUAGAAGCAGGUUUCUAGAAGACAUAGCAAGCAAUGUAUUUUAAGUGUUACAAUCUAAUUCAUGGUCGGCUAAUCAUCACAUCAAGCUCAUGAUCACAAGCAAGGUUUAUUUUUCAAAACUUGGAAACGGUGCAAAAGGUUAACUCUCCCACAAGCCUUUGGCCUAAACAUUACAACAUUAGAACCAUCCCUGAUUCGGCUAACUGAUGUGUAAAUAUUUCUAGCUAGAAAUGCUGAGCUAAUACUGUUAUUAUCUCACAUGCUAACAUAGCUCACAGAGCGUUGAACCGGUGUACUCGUGUAAUGUUUUUCAAAGAUUAGCAUGUUCAGAAGCAUCUUUUAAUGUGUGGCUUCAGUCACAAGUGUGACAUUAUGACUGGGUACAUCUUUAGAGGUCAGUGAAGAAAGUUUGACGGGUUUAGAGACAGAAAUAUUUUCGGUGGGUUGAAGAGAGAACACGGUGUCAACAGCAGAACUAAAAAAUAACUUUUGGCAAUAAAUUGAUAAAUGAAUAAAAAAUACUUAUUCUGUGUUUUUACAUACCAAAAAUACCAAAAUAUAGCCCAUUCCGCAUUGAUCUCUAUCUUAAUAGAUACGUUUAUAACCAACCAAUAGCACUAAGGGCCUGGUACAGCUGUACAUUAUUUGCCCCCCAAUCCUAACUUUACAGAAAUAAUUGAAAGAUGUUACAUGAGCCUAUUCAGUUCAUACAGCUUAGAAAGAGUCAUGACGACCACCACAAACUGUCUAGAGAAAACUGCUAAAGGUUAGCUCCACCAGCUAGCGCGUGAACUGUGCCACUACUUUCACAGCAAUAAAUACUAACUAUUAGUGCUGGGUAUUGCUAAGAAUCUCAAUAAUUUUGAUUUGCUUUGAUAUCGAUUUAGUGUCAAGUAGAAAUAAUACAAAUAAGUAAUUAGAACACCAUUCAUUUUAAAAUAAUUAUUUAUUUAGUUCAAUACCCAUAUAAUCAACCACAAGUCAUGUGAACACUGUUCAUAUCUUCACAAUAGAACAUCUGAAAAUAAAGCAUCAGCAAUGACAAUACUAGUACUGAAGAUGGUAUAAAAAGAAUCACCCGCACUAGCCAGCGGUGUUGUGGUGAAAAGUACUUGAUAAUUAGCUAGUACUUAUAGCUUGUGGACACCGAACGACAUUGUCAGGAUGCAAUCAGAAUAAGAAUAAGAGCAUCUUAACUACCGACACACCACUCAUCACUGGACCAACACACUGCCAACUAUCACCGUAGCAGCAAGCUCCUCCCCACUGCACUGAGACUCUUUCGGUGACCCCUCUCCAGCAGCAGGGGGCACUGUUCUUCACUAAACUUUCCUUUCAAUAUUUUUACCCACCCCCAACUAUUGUUGUCUGCUGAUAAGCUUGAAUAUUAACUUCAGAUAAAAGUUUCCAGCAUGUGUGAAAAAAACUGAAGAUGACAGAAACAAAUAGCAAAAAAAAAAAACCACACCCACCCCAAGGUGGAUAUAUUCUUAGCACCAGAGCCUCAAACAUGUGAGCGCAGCCAAACAAAGUUUGGCUAAAGAGGUCUUCAACCCUCUCUCAGAGAACACUGUAGCCCUUUAGCACCUCAUGUUGGAUCUGUUUUGUAGUUUACCUUGUUCUCUAGCCCGUGAAAUGUCACGGGUUGUGACAGUUGUUGAAUAAAGGUAUGUGGGAAUCCUGUUUCAUUGUCCUCUUCACAUCAUGUUCUCACCCUUUGUGUGACCCUCCCCCUUCUAAUUGACUGGACAGCAGUGGAACGCUAACUUUAACCCUAGAGUGCGAGUCGCGUGUUUUUACUGUUGUUCUUUUGCAUGCACAGUUAAAGGUUGAUUGUCCAUUAGCACCAACCAGCAACAGACAAGAGUUUGUCUCAUUACAUUUACCGUUUUUACCAUUUUUUUAAAAAAAUAUUUGGUAAUGUCAGUGAUCACUGCCAAUCAGAAAAUGUUGCUCUAAAUAUACUGACCUGAGUUAGCCUGUCUAGCUAAUGUUCCCAAGAUGAUUACUUCUUGCUUACUUUUUCUGUUUUUGAACAGAAUCCAUAUUUGCCUACACUAUAUAAGCUCAACUGGUUUGAUUAGCAAGUAGCCAGUGUGUUUCCAAAAUGUUUUUAAAAUAGUGAGAUAUUUAUCAGCAACAUUAAGUUAUCUCAAGUUACCCUGGGUUGUUGUUGGGGGCAAUUUAUUCAGUUGUAAGCCUCGCCCUUGUCUUCAUCCGAGGACUGAACUGGACUGAACGUUGUUCAGAAAAAAAAAAAACCUGGUCAAUAUUUAAUGAUCUCUGCUCUCCAUUAUGAUACAUAUACAUGUAUACUCGCUAUCUCGUUCACACACACACACACUUCCCUGUAGGUAGACUUGGUUCUGUGUGGGUCUGUUCUAGAUCACUGAGACACCUUACUCUGCUCAUGACGUUUAUUACCUGCUGACUAAACUAACAGGACAACUAGCAGUUAGCAGCUACAGGCUAAAAGAGAGCUGUAGAAGUGUGCCGCACUUAGUAGUUAGCCAACAAAGGCUAAACAUAAUCAGAAGGUUUGAUUGUCUGAUUGUCUGAAAAUUUGUCUCAAAUUUGGACACAUUUUCUGUAGUAGUAGUGACCCAGCAGUGUACAGCUAAAAUCACCCAUUUUCUCUAUGGACCUUUGUGUUGGGGAGUCAGCAGUUAAAAAUCAUGUUUCCUUCCAUAACGUUGUUCCGAUCCAAAAAUAGUUGCAUCAAAGGCAACUGGAUGGAUAGGGUUUUUUUUUUUUAAGGCGUUUCAGCUCUGACUACUGGGAAAUUCAG